GGUGUUUCUAGCUGCGGGUGUCAGUGGACAGCAAAUAGUGAUGCCUGCGCCUCUGACCCCUGCCUUGGACAAGGCUCUAUUUGUAUGAACACAUUCGGUGGUAACUAUAGAUGUCUUUGCCCUCCUGGUUCUCGGGGCAAGCAGUGUGAACUUGGUGAUUUUUGCUUUGUGUGCUCAAGCAGAAGAUUUCGUAGAGCCGAGUGUACACCAAUGGAUUCUGCCCCAGCAUAUAUACGUGAUGGGACUCUCGGAGUACCAACUUUGAGCAGGCAGAUAUCAAAGGCAGCAUGUACUUUGGAUGAUACCUGGGGAAUGAGUUGGUCAGCCAACCGAACUAUGUGGGUCGAUAAUGGAUGCAGGGCACGAUUCUGUCUUACCUUUUCGCCAUAAUAAGUCAAAAUCAGCAGUCAAGAUGAGUCGCUUGUAGAAUCCAAAUAUACAAAUCUGGGACAUCAUAUUGACACUCACAUAAGCUAUAUGGACUGUGUAAAAUAAACAUCGCGGCAACGCUGGCCGUUGUGCAAGGUUC